AUGAAGACUCGAGCAACAAAGACUUCGACCAAAGCUGCUGAACCCAGUGAGGAAAGCAAUAUUGAGAACGCCGGCCUGGACCCGAGCAGCAGCAACCCUCCUCUCCUCUUCGUUCUACCACAUGAAGCUUCGCCAGAUGCCCGCGUCGUUACUCUGCCCAACCCAGCCUCUUCAGCUCCUACUCGAUACUUCUUUUGCCCGGAUACUGGGAUUUAUGAAUUCACUAAAAUCGCUGCACCAAAGAAGACACCUCGGAGUUUGUUGAUCGCUCCCGGCCAACCAACAACAGAUGAUUCGGAUGAAGGAUCUAUUCUUGCAACAGGCUAUAGCGUUGAGAAUGCAGACUUCUUUGUUGCGACACCUGUCGACCCUCUCUUCAUUCUCCUACCCGCCUUGGUUCCUGCCGCCAACUCGCACGAGCAGCUCUUCCUGACGAUUGACGAUCACCUCGACAAGCUAGCCGAGGGAGCAAAACAUCUGACCCAUCUGCUUCGUUCGACGAAGAUACAAGAGUCAUUUGAGAAAAGGGCGGGUGCUGUUUGUGACAAUGUUGAUCUCGGUCAUGAAAAGAUGUUCCGCUUGUCCGAUGCGAAGCUGUUACUUGAGCUCGUCAGCAAAGCCCGUCGCAUGACUGCCAAUGGUCUCCCUGCGUCUAUAGAGACCCAUUUUGUUCAAGAAGCCCUCCGCAUUCCUAUGAUGGCUGUGCAACGAACAGAGUCACAAGACGAAGCAAUCCAUGCAGCAGAUGCAGACCUACCGACUCCCUCGACAACCGCAGACCAAUCCCAACCUUCUCAAACAUCGGCCGUUACCGAAGCCACUUCUCUCACAUCAGCCUCCGAGUCCACCCCUGACGACAUCAUCACCCUUCUCCGCCUUCGCACCGCACUGAAUCUGCUCCUCUCAACCUAUAUUCCCUUAACUCUCCACUCAAAAAUGAAUACUCUGCUCAAGGAACCCCUUACAGCGCCCGUAGACUUCGCUCCUCUCGACGCGCACCUUGAGCAUAUUGCCGACGCCAAACGCCGCGCUCAAGCGCUUCGCUCCCUGUCUGACAACAUAUCCCGCAAGCGCAGCACCAUGAACGACGAAGAGGCUGAAGAAAGAGAAGCUACCAAGAGAAGGAAAAAGGAAGAGGAGGAGGCAAAAAAGAAGAACAUGAGUAGGGGUGUCAAACAGUUGGGCAAGGUCAAUACGACGGGCAUGAUGAAGCUGAGUUCCUUCUUCACGAAAGCGCCGGCCAAGAAGUAG